AUGCUUUCAGUCAAGACCGUGUUCUCAGCCAUUUUCUUGGCCGUGGGAGGAUUCCUCUUCGGAUACGACAGUGGUAUCAUCACCUCGACCAUCUCGCUUCCCACCUUCAAUGCCUACUUCACGCACCCCAGCGGUACCGUCACCGGCGGAAUCGUAUCCUCCUUCCAGGGCGGCGCAAUCCUGGGUACAAUCUUCAAUAUGGCCGGAGCCGACUGGGCAGGCCGCAAGAGGACAAUCCUCGCCGGUGCCCUGGUUUCGAUCCUGGGAUGCGCACUCCAGGCUGGGGCUGUCAAUAUGGCCAUGCUCAUCAUCGGCCGGUUCAUCGCUGGUGUUGCGGUUGGGAUGCUGACUGCUACGAUUCCGAUGUAUGCUGCUGAACUGUCAGAGCCGAAAUGGCGAGCUACCCUAUCUGGUCUGCUGCAGUGGAUGUUGAGCUGGGGGUUUUUGGUUGCACAGUGGUUGGGAUAUGGAUGCUCCUUUUCCACCAACCAGUUUUCAUGGCGAUUUCCGCUUGCAUUCCAAAACAUCCCCGGCCUCAUUCUCGUCGCCGGUAUUUGGUUUCUCGACGAGUCUCCCCGUUGGUUGAUGGAGAAGGACAGACACGAGGAGGCAAAGGCUGUUCUUACACGCAUUCGCAAAGGCGAGUCGGCAGAUACCAUUGACCUUGAAUUCCGUGAGAUUCGAGACGUUAUUGCAGCUGAUCGCGCUGCGGGAAACACAUCCUGGAAGACAAUUUUGACCAAGCCCUCCUGGCGCCGACGGUUGAUCCUGGGAUGUGGUGUGCAGGCAUUUGGACCUCUUUCUGGAAUCAAUGUCAUCAACUACUACGGACCCAGGAUCUAUGAGAUCCUCGGAAUCGACAACCAAACCUCGCUCAUGAUUAUCGGCAUCAGCGGUGCCCUCUCCAUCGUAUACUGCUCCAUCGGCCUGUACCUGGUCGACAGAAUCGGUCGUGUAAAGCCUCUCUUCGUCUCAGCCGUCUUCCUCGGGGCUGCCUUGCUGGUGAAUGCAGUGCAAGCGCAAUACAUGGACCAAAGCAACCAGAACCAACUGCGGUCGAUGGUUGCAAUGAACUUUGUGUUUAGUCUGUUCUAUACUCCUGUCGGGAUUAUUUCCUGGGUAUAUCCCGCUGAGAUCUUCCCCGUCGAGGUGCGAGCCCUCGGAAACGCCCUGACGACAUUCACCAACUGGACCGUCAACCUGGUCUUCGCCCAGUUCACCCCGAACGCGCUGGACACGGUUGGCUUCAAGUACUUUUACCUGUUCUUUGCACUGAACCUGAUUGCCGCUACGUGCUACUACUUCUUUUACCCGGAGACCAAGGGACGGACUCUGGAGCAGAUUGAUGAGCUGUUUGGCGACCAGCUUGUGCCGCAUGCUAUGGAGGACCCGGAUGCUGCAGACGCGGCUGUGGAGAAGCAGCAGGCCACGCACUGGGAGGGAAACGAGACUGAAAAUGCGGGGCGGGUCUAG